AUUCAUUCACUCAGUAAAAGUUUGGGGACGACGCGGUGCACAAGUUUCGUGUUAUUUUAAAACAUUUAUGAAAAUGAUUUUAUAAAUCUAUGAACACAUAAAGUUAUUGCUAACCUUAUGUGUUUACUUGUGUCAGAUCCCUAAAACAGUUGGAAGCACACAUUCCAUUUCUAUUGUUUGUGAAAAUCAUAUUUUCCCUAACAAUCUUGCCACAGGAAGAACAAUCAAAAAUGAUGGGCUUGUUAGUUCGUGUUGCUCUUGCUGUAAUAGUGCUCAAUCAAGUGUUAUUGCCAUGCCUGGCGUUAGGAAGCUAUCGAGGAUACAGUUCAUACGGUAGCAGUAGAUACAACAGCAGACAAAGCAAGGAGGCCUCUGCAAAUACUUACCUGGGCACAUCUUCUGGACUGCCUUUUGAGGAAGCCCCCAGACGAGGACUUGGGAUAUCUGCCUGGGGCAUUGUGGCUGUGGUAAUAUCAUUAAUUCUAGCAGGAAUGGGUUUAUACUAUUUCGCUAUGUGUUAUCCCAUUUUAUGUAAAAAAGAGAGGAAAUAUGACAUGAUGGGAUUACCAAGUGUAGCAUAAAUCAUGAGCAGAUAAAGUGUUUAGAAUAUCUUUUGCAUAUCCUCCAGGCUUUUAUAGGUGACAAUUUAAAGCUUUACAAAGCGUUUGAUGAAUUGAAAAUAUUGGUAUGAAAUUGGUUGUGGUCAAUUUAGGUUUAAAUGACUUGUAUUUUAUUGAUAAGACUUUAAUCUUAACUACUGGAAAAGGUGACACCUCUCGUAAAUGUUGAACAAAUUUUAAAUGAAUACUACAAGAUAAGUGUCUCUGAUACCAAAUGAAAAUAAGGUAUUAUUUUUAUAUACUGUUUUAUUACCAUCUUUUGGUAAUAGAUGUUUUAAUGUAACUAUUAAGGUUUUCAUGUUCCAUUUUAGUGUCUUUUGCUUCUGUACCUGUGUAUUAAUCAUGAGGCUGGGACCAAUAGUAAAACUGAAAAAAAAAAGAAUGUAUUGUUAAUGUUGAAGAGUACUUUAGUUCAAUAAGUAGCAUAAUAAUUGACUGAUUAAUUAUAUUUAAACAAGGUUUACUGAAAAUUACAGUAAAAAGUGCCAUAGUGAAGAAAAUGCAGUUUUGUCUUAGAUGAUAAGAAACCUGUUUUCCAAGGCAAAUAAUAAGGAAAUUAUGAACUUCAUACAUUUCAAUAAAAUACUAUUACGAUAAAUAUCCACAUAUUAUUGAUAGUUAAUGCCUAAUGGUAAUUAAACUGAUAUC